GUAUCUGAAUACGGAAGCCAGUCAAAAACGUGGUUCAAUUCAAUUUGAUAAAGAAUUCUUAGAAACAAUUGUGAAAAAUAAUAAGAAUGUGUUUCUGAUCAAUGCGGUUGAGAGCAGGUGAAAUGGUCGCGUUAAAGUGUUUAGUGAUAUGGACAGUGAUACUAAUAUCUUAUAUUAGUGCAAUCUAUAGUAGUCCCGUGCAAUCUGAAAAUACGGAAAACCAUGUGUACGAUCCUGCUAAUUAUAUGAAUAAUUUCCAAACGUUAAGGCAGUUUUGGAAAGGUGAGGGGACCUUUGAGGAAAUCCGACAUGCCCAGGGGGAAGUGAUGAAAAAGUUCAUGGAUCCAACGGUUGACCCUUGCGAAGAUUUUUACAGUUACGCAUGUGGUAACUGGGACAAAUUCAAUCCAGUACCGGAAGAUGAGGGUGACUUCAGUAUGUUUACUAUUGUCUACAAUAAUCUGAAUGACAUCCUAAGGGACUCCCUAAUGGAGGAUAUAUUGGAAGAUACCACCGAAGAUGACGCUAUGAAUAAAGCGAAAAACUUUUAUAGGUCCUGUAUGAAUUUGGAUGUUCUGAAACAGAGAGGACUGCAGCCUUUAAUGCAAUUCGUCGAAGACUACGGUGGUUGGCCCGCUCUGCAUUCGAAGCAGGAUGAGAGUGAUUACGAUUGGGUCAAUAUCACAGCACACUUUUCUCUGCUGGGAAGGAAUAUACUACUUCACACGUCUGUCACCGAAGAUUUGAAGAACUCCAACGAAAACAUAAUUUACUUCUACGAACCGAUGCUUGGCCUACAAAAUCGAGAUGACUAUUUACUGGAGUCAAAUGCCCUGCAUUUAGCGGCCUACAGGAAUUUCACCGAAACAGUCCUCACACUUCUUGGCGUUGCUCCUGAAGAAGCGGCAAAAACAGCUAAGGAAAUAGUAGAUUUUGAAAUUCAACUUGCUAAAAUCCAAACUGAUCAAAAAAGUCGACCCGAUAUCAGGGAAAUGUACCAACGAACGACUGUGGGGCAAUUUGAACAAAAGCACCCCACAAUCAACUUGACUAAAUACCUAUCGAUUGUUCAGGAGAAAACGAUCACCGUUGAACAACCCAUAGUGCUUUUGACAGAGAAAUACAUAGAUUACUUACUGGAGUUAUUGGCGGCUACAGAUAACAGGACAAUUGCGAACUAUAUCAUGUUUAGGGGAACAAAAGAACUACUACCCUACCUGGAUGAUCGUUUCAGUCAAAGCAUGUUGAAAUUGGACGAAGCCUUAACUGGUCAGAGGAUUUCGGCCCCUAGGUGGAAAGAUUGUGUGAAAGAAACUAAUGAUCAGAUGGGAAUGGCAGUGAGUGCGAUUUUCGUAAGGAAAUAUUUUGAUGAGACCAGCAAGAAGGAAGUAACUGAAAUGACAAACAAUUUGAGGAAAGCCUUCCAGGAUAUUCUAACCGAUGCAACUUGGAUAGAUGAAGAAACCAAGAAAGUGGCUAUGAAAAAAGCAGAAGCAAUAAGAUUAGAAGUUGGGUAUCCUGAAUUUAUUUUAAAUUCAAAGAGCUUGAAUGCGGAAUACGAAGGCAUAAGUAUCCAUCCAGAGCAAUAUUUUGAAAACUCCCUGAAUCUUGUCCGUCAUGAGGUCAGGAUAGAACGACAGAAAUUGAAUCACCAAGUAAACAAGAACGAAUGGCCUAUGCCACCUUCAGUUGUUAACGCCUUUUUUGAACAAACUAAAAACCGAAUAAUCAUCCCAGCUGGUAUCCUUCAACUUCCUUUCUAUCAUCACCAUUUUCCAAAGUCUCUAAAAUAUGGAGGAAUAGGUAUUUUAAUUGGCCAUGAACUAACGCACGGUUUCGACGAUCGCGGUCGUAAUUUCGACCUUGAAGGCAACAUGGAAAACUGGUGGACAGACGACUCCAUCAAGUCCUUCAAGGAAAGUGCACAAUGCUUCGUUACACAAUACAAUAAUUACAGCUACAACGGCAAAAACCUAUAUGGAGCCAGCUCGCAAGGAGAAAAUAUCGCAGACAACGGAGGAAUGCGGCAGUCCUUCUAUGCUUACCGAAAAUGGUUGAAACAAAACGAGGACUCCGACGAGAUGAAAUACGAGACGUUUCCGCAAAUUAAUUUAACCAACACUCAACUCUUCUUCCUAACUUUCGCCCAAACUUGGUGCAGCUCUAUUCGACCGGAAGCUGUGGAAACUUUUGUUGGGACGAAUCGGCAUUGUCCUGGUAAAUAUCGUGCCAUUGGAACGUUAUCGAAUUUUGACGAGUUUGCCAAAGAGUUUAAUUGUCCGGCCGGUAGCCCGAUGAACCCCACUCGAAAGUGUAAAAUUUGGUAGAAAUUCAAUUCGUGAAUGUUUGUAUUAUAACCGUGUAACUGUAGGUUAACUGAUAAACUGAUAAUGUUGAGUAAUUGUCCUAAUAGUGUAUGUUAUGUGGAAAGGAGAUCUUAUUUAUUGAUUGUACCUGUGUAGCUUGAAAAAUAAAAACUCAUUUG